AUGCAGUACUCUCUCGCAUCUCUGGCCGUCCUGGCCCUCGCCACCUCUGCUGCCGCCCAGGAGUUCAUCACCUUCACCCGCGCCAGCCAGUCCACUCGCGACUUUGGUCUUCUGCGCCGCCAAUCUGAUGGGUACCAGCCCGAGGACGAGGUCUGCGCCGGCGAAGGCAGCACUUGCGCCGAGGCUUGCGGCACCGGCUACCUUCAGUGCAGCUCCUCCGACUCUUCCGUCCACUGCUACAACCCCGCGGCCAACGAGUCUUGCUGCUCCACCGGCACUGGCAGCUCCUGCUUGAGCAAUUUCUACUGCACCCACGACACCCAGGUCGAGACCUGGUGCUGCCCCAACGGUCUCAGCCUCAAGGAGUGCGCCGUCAAGUUUGGUGUCACCGGCGCCCUGACCUCCGACCUGCCCAAGGCCACCUCUACCUCCUCUGCCUACAAGCUUCCUUCCACGACCACCACCGCCACCACCAGCAGCAGCAGCACCACCAGCACCACCAGCACCACCACCACCAGCACCACCUCUUCCGUCGUCGUCGAGACCACUUCCGCCCCCGUCAUCGAGUCGAGCACUGUCGCUUCCAUCAACAGCACGAGCUAUGCGCCUGUCACCUCGAGUGUGGUGCCCACUAGCAGCAGCUCCUUGAUCGCGGCUGCCAACACCACCUCGACUCGCCGCUCGUCCACCUUCCACUCUGCCGCGCCCACUGUCCUCAAGACGUCCGCCGCGGCUGUCCCCUCGCCCAGCCAAGUCAACCAGGACUCUGCAGCGUUGGCCAACGGCCCCGCCAGCCUGGCCCUUGUUGCCAGCAUGGCCUUCCUCUUCGCCCUCUUCUGA